UAAUCAAUUUUUAUAUACUCGUGUUCCUACAACGAGUAGCAUCUCAAUUCAAGAAAUACAAUUUCUCUAUUUCUAAUCCCCACAGAAAAGAAAAAAAGAAAAUGGAUAAUACAUCCGACAAGGACAAAUCUACGUUGAGGGACAUGGAAAAAAGCUUCGAGAUGCAUAAAGAAUCUAUCAAGAGGGAGACAAAGGAACUCUCUGAAACUUGCGGCGUCAAGGCUUGUGCUGUCAUCGUUGGGCCUGAUGGGAUGGUCGACACAUGGCCAGAAAAUCGUAAUGAUGUGCAGGAGGUGAUCAAAAUGUACGAAAACUUUGAUCCGGAAAGUAAACGGACUCAAGAACUUGAUCGUGAGAAAAAUAAGGUAAAUAUUUGUGCUGUCUCUGAUGGGAUGAAGACUAUUAACAAACAAGAAUUGCUAAGUAGGAUCGAUGCCAAAUUAGCCCAAGUAAGGGAACGCAUUCAGAUCUUGAAGUCCAAAGAUCAGGGUUGUAAUCAAGAUGAAUCUGGAUGAAAGAUAGUGUCACAGGUUUCAUUUUAUUUUUGAGUGACCGAGUCAGUAACAGGUAGUAAUAGUGGAAGGGGUAUGUAACUUUUCCCUAUUUAAAGGGAUUCUCUGUUAUUUAGAGACAAGAUGUGCUCCUUUAGAUGGCUUUAUAUUAUAUCGUAUUUAAAGUCUAAGCAAGAAAUUAAUGGAGGAAUGAAUUAUUUCUACUA